AUGUUCUCCACCGAAACCGCCACGGAGAGCGAUGCCGCCGAUGCGCACUCGUAUCUGCUCAACACCUCCCAUGAUCUGCUGGAAGACCACCUGGCCGCCAAGGAAUCCGAGCUGGACUUUGCGCUGAAGGAUGAGCAUAUCGACGAUGUCAGCUUUUCCGCCUUCGACCAUGGCCCUCUGUACGACCGUUACGAUGAAUCAGGCCCGUCGUCCGUGCAGCCGGGCGACAACAAUGAUUUUUCAGAGCCCGGCGGCAGUCACAUGAGUCUGAAAGGCGACGGCGACGACGCUCGCCCGGCCCUUGACGGCACCGUGGACCAGCAUCAUGUAUCGGUGGACGAUGACACCACCCCCGGCGAUGCUGUAGUCCCCUCUGCUGCAGACUCCGCAAUGCACGUCGACGACUCCAACGGUAUGUCGAAGAUGAUUUCUGAUGAGUUUGAGAUGAAUCACCACACGCCUUUGCACCAGGGGACGCCCGAGAUUAAUGUCGCGAUUCCGGCAAGUGCGACUGGCCUUGACGACGAGCCCAAGCAUCACAAUACACUGUCUGGCCGCGUUCAGAAGAACACCAAGGACACGCCCCGCUCCUCCAACAUGUCUAUAAAACAGGAAUCCCCCGGCCUCACCACACGUCCAUCUGGCUACCCACCGAUUGGAAAAAACUUACCUGCAUUCAGGGCCAAAUCUUCGAUACCCGCGCACAUACCAGUAUUGGAGUUUGCGCGGCAGUGCAUUUUAGCAGCCCAGUCGUCGAGGCUCAAUCCAUUCGCCUUACAUCCUGGCGAAUACGAGCUUCUCAGGGAUCACAUCACGCACCCUCAAGUCACCGUCUACCUUAAUAUCCGAAACGCCAUUCUUCGGCUUUGGACGAGGAAUCCCCUGGUCGCCGUAACGAAGGCGGAGGCAGCAGGGUGCGCAAGAGACGCUCGGUAUUUCGACAUGUCGCAAGUGGCGUACAAGUGGCUCGUGCGUAACGGGUACAUCAACUAUGGCUGUAUCGAGCUUCAAAGCACUGCCGGACCCAUAUCGAGAGCCAAGGCCAGAGGUGGUAAGCGCAGGACGAUAGUCGUCGCUGGAGCCGGAAUGGCAGGGUUGGGUUGUGCGCGGCACCUGGAAGGCUUGAUUGCGCAGCUCGGGGAACAGUGGACGAACAAUGGAGAAAGACCGCCCCGCGUGGUUGUGCUCGAGGGGCGCAAGAGGAUCGGCGGUCGUGUAUAUUCGCAUCCAUUGAAGAACCAGAGCAAGAGCACGCUUCCUCCAGGACUCCGGAACACUGUCGAGAUGGGUGCGCAGAUUAUCACUGGCUUCGAGCAUGGAAAUCCUCUGAACUGCAUCAUCCGCGGACAGCUCGCACUUCGAUACCACACCCUCAAAGACGACACCAUCAUCUACGACACCGAUGGGGCUGUGGUCGACCAAGAGGGAGACAUACUUGUUGAGAAGCUUUACAAUGACAUUCUGGAGCGAGUCAGCCAGUUUAGGAACAAGGCUCCACCGCCGCAAACCGUCGAAGGGGACCGACGUCUCAUCCAAUUAGGCCGCGAUCCUUCAAAUGAUUCUGGCGAUCUCAUCUCGUCGCUUGAGGAUGCCGGUGCCUCUCAAACAGUGCCAAGCCUGAACUCCAACAAAAUCAAGAAGACGUUGAGCCUCGGAGGCUGGGAUCAGGACAUUGGGAAUGAAUUUGAGGGGCCCCACUCGCACAUUAUUGGCGGAUAUCAACAGCUUCCUCGAGGACUCUGGCAGAGCCCUACCAAGCUCGACGUCCGUUUUAACAGCCCGGUGAAAUCCAUACGCCAAGAGAAUGCGCGUCAUGUCGUGGAAUGCGAUAACGGCGAUAUAAUCGAAGCUGAUGAGGUCGUGGUCACAAUCCCUCUCGGAGUCCUGAAGCGAGGAGUAAUCAGUUUCAGUCCUCCUUUGCCAGAGUGGAAGACGGCGCCGAUUCAGCGGCUAGGCUUUGGAUUACUGAACAAGGUCGCAUUAGUUUACGACACGCCGUUCUGGGAACCCGAUCGCGAUAUCUUCGGCACUCUCAACGAGGCCGAGCUCCGAGACAGUAUGGAGCAGAAGGAUUACGAAUCCCGCAGAGGCCGGUUUUGGCUUUUCUGGAAUUGCAUUAAGACGACCGGGCGCCCGACGCUCGUUGCGCUUAUGGCCGGUAAUGCCGCGCACGAUACUGAAGUAACAGAUGAUCACGUCUUGGUCCGCGAGGUCACAGAGCGCCUAUCCAAAAUGUUCGCGCCAGCAAUUGUCCCGCUUCCAACAGAGUAUAUUGUAACGCGGUGGAAGAAAGAUCCGUUCGCCGGUGGCAGCUAUUCUUUCAUGGGGCCGACCGCACAGCCAGGCGACUAUGAUGCCAUGGCACGACCAAUAGGUUCUCUACACUUUGCAGGCGAAGCGACCUGUGGCACUCACCCGGCAACUGUGCACGGCGCAUAUCUGUCCGGUCUCCGCGCAGCAUCAGAGGUGGUUGAUUCGAUGCUCGGGCCAAUCGAAGUGCAGCACCCGCUGGUUGCACCAAAGGCGAAGCAAGGCACCCCCACACUAGGCGCCGGCGCCGGCACGAAGCGUGGCCGUGAGGAGAUGGACUCAGUCGAGUCACGAAACGUGAGACAGGCCAGGAACGAGGACUUGGAGGUUUUGAUCACGGCAGCGAUCCUCGAGCAAGUCGGGGAACGGCCACACAAGCCGGAGAGAACAGGCAACAAUCCAUAUCUGCUGUACACCAGGGACCACUGGCACAGCGUCAAGGCGGAGUGCGACGAGCAACGCAGGGCGGCCACGGGGGAUGCGAACGCAAAGGCGUCGAAGGACCACAUCCGCACGGUCCUCGGUGCGAAGUGGCGCAACGCACCGAACGAGGUGCAACAGCCGUACCUCGACGAGGCCAACAAGCUCAAGGAAGCUAGCGCCACAGCCGCGGCAGAGUACAAGGAGAAGGCAGCCGUUUGGGAGAAGGGGGCGGCCCGGAUUCGGACGGAGUUCAUGGCCAGGAACCUCGCGCAAGGCGAGUCUUUCAGCGGCAAAACGGCGAUCGAGACGGGCAGCACACGGAGGGAGCGACGGGUCGUGUCGUGA